UAAUUUCUCCACCAACUGUCCUAUUUAUAACACAAAGAAAAAAUCAACACAAACAACAAUCCAUAUAAACAAACAAACACAUUAACAUAACACAUAGUUACACAAAGUCAUAAAACCAAACAUUUCACAUUCAAGUCAAAGGUAACAAGAAAGAUCCAGAAACAAAAGCCAUGGAAGGUUUACAAAGAUCUGCUGUUUCCUUCAGGAGACAAGGCUCAUCAGGAUUCGUUUGGGAUGAUCGGUUUCUACAAGAAGAAAUCAACAAAAUGAACCAGAAUAAUCAGAAUAAUAAUAAUCAAGAUCAAGAGAAAGAUGAAAUCAAAGAGAUGAUGAGUCGUGAUGAACCGCCGCAGGUUGGAUCGGUUAAUACUGUGCAGAGAAGUCGGUCUAACGGUGGAGGUCGUGGUUAUCGGACGGGAAAAGUUUCGCCGGCGAUUGAGCCGCCGUCUCCGAGGAUCUCUGCGUGUGGGUUUUGUGGGGCGUUUGGGAAAGUUGGGGAGAAGAGGAAACCGCCUAAGCAUCGAUCUAGGUAGAGUUUGAGUGGUGGUUUGUGUUGGUCGGUGGUUUGAUGCGGUGGUUGUAGUUGCCGGAGAUGGGAUAUUCCGGUGGAAGGUGAAAGGUUAUAAUGUUUUUUUCUUUUGUGUAAUAUUAUUAAGUGAUUUAGGUUUGUGGGGUAGGAGUGCUUAGUGGUUGAGUUCAUGAUGAUGAAUUUGUAUUGUCAAAUUAAGAACAUAAUGAUGAGUAGUCAUGUUUUAUUUUUCUUUUUUGCUUCUUUUAUUACAA